CUCCCUGUUCUUCACAAGCUUUACCGGCCGGGAGAGGUCAUCAUUGCUGGCAUUAUGUCACAGAUAUACAUAUUUUGCAAUCCAAUAUUUUUUGUAAAACGUCCCUCUACUGAUCUCUUUGAUGAAACUUUGUUCAUGACUCAGAUCUACCAGCAUAUCCUAGCCUUGAUAUUUGCUGUAGAGGAGAUAAAUGAAAAUCCCCAGAUUUUACCCAACAUCACCCUGGGCUUCCAUAUCUAUAAUAGCUAUUUCAGUCCAAGAUGGACCUAUCAGGCCGCACUGGAACUCUUCUCUACACAGGGCAGAUUCAUCCCUAACUACAAAUGUGAUAGUGUCAACAAUCCAACAGCUGUCAUCGGAGGACCUACCUCUGAUGUCUGUCUCCACAUGGCAACCAUCCUGAGCAUCUACAAGAUUCCACAGCUCUUAUAUGGCUCUGCUCCAGAGAUGAAUCAGAAACUCCAGGUUGUUUCCUACCACCAGAUGUUCCCAGAUGUGCAGCAUCAAUAUAAAGGGAUUCUCCAAUUACUGCUGCAUUUCAGGUGGACCUGGAUUGGGGUGUUGUCUGUGAGUGAUGAUAAUGGUGAGAGGUUUGUACUGAAUGUAAUUCCCAUGUUUGCAGAGAGAGGGAUUUGCUUUGAUUUCAUAGAAAGAUUCCCAAUAAUGUCUCACUCUAAUGACAUUGCUGACACAGUGGAAAAGGGGAUGGAAACACACAAUGUUGUCAUGAGAAGCACUGCGAAUGUCGUGGUUGUUCAUGGUGAAAUCGACAUUGUAAUAAUUCUGAGAAUGUUUCACAAGUUUUCACAACAUGAGAAUAUACCAAUAAAGGAAAAAGGUAAAGUUUGGAUUAUGACAUCUCAAAUGGAUUUCACAUCAGUUCCCUUGCAACGGAGUUGGGACAUAGACUUAUUCCAUGGUGCUAUAUUCUUUGCUAUUCACUCAAAGGAGGUGUUAGGAUUUCAGCGGUUUCUUCAGAUGAGAAGCCCUAUUUCAGUCAAAGAAAAUGACUUUAUCAAGGCAUUCUGGGAAGUAGCAUUUGUAUGUUGUUUCCAAAAUUCCAUGGUAGACAGUCAAGAUGGGAAAAUCUGCACUGGGGAGGAGAAGCUGGAGACUCUUCCUUCAUCUGUUCUUGAAAUGAGCAUGACUGGCCACAGCUACAGCGUCUACAAUGCAGUCUAUGCUGUGGCACAUACUUUGCAAGCCAUGCAUUCAUCUAGAUUAAAACAAAGAGCAAUGGUGGAUAAAGGAACAAUGAAGCUUCUGAGUCAACAGCUGUGGAAGCUCAACCCCUUUGUGAGAAGCAUCUCAUUUAAUAAUAGUGCUGGGGAAAGUAUUUCCUUCAAUCAAAAUGGAGAGUUAGAGGGCGGAUUUGAUAUCAUAAACUGGGUGACAUUCCCAAACCAGUCGUUCCUUAGAGUGAGAGUUGGAAAAAUCGACCCCAUGGCUCCCCAGGAAGAAUCCUUCACAAUUUCUGAGGAUGCCGUUGUGUGGCCCAACAGGUUUAACCAGGCACAGCCUCUUUCCGUGUGUAAUGACAAUUGCCAUCUAGGGUUUAGGAGAGCCAAGAAGGAAAGGGAGCCUUUUUGCUGCUAUGAUUGCCUUCCUUGUCCAGAAGGGAAGAUCUCAAACCGGAAGGAUAUGGAUUAUUGUUUUCAAUGUCCAGAAGAUCAGUAUCCAAGCAUUGGUCAGGAUUCAUGCAUUCCAAAAUACAUAACCUUCCUAACUUAUGAAGAACCUUUGGGAAUCACUUUGACCACUUUUGCACUUUCCUUUUGUUGCAUCACAGCUUGGGUGCUUGGCAUCUUCAUUAAACAUCAGGACACUGCCAUAGUCAAAGCCAACAACCAGAACCUCACCUACACUCUUCUCAUCACCCUCUUGCUCUCUUUCCUUUGUGUUUUAUUGUUUAUUGGCCAACCUGGAAAGCUUACUUGUCAUCUUCAGCAAACUGCUUUUGGCAUCAUCUUCUCAGUGGCAGCUUCUUGUGUGUUGGCCAAAACUGUCAUUGUAGUUCUGGCGUUCAUGGCCACCAAACCUGGGAGCAGAAUGAGAAAGUGGGCAGGGAAAAGACUGUCCAUUUCCAUAGUUCUUUCCUGCUCCCUUAUUCAAGCUACUAUCUGCAUUGUGUGGCUGACAAUCUCACCCCCAUUCCCAGACUUUGACAUGCACUCAAUGACUGAAGAGAUUGUAUUGCAAUGUAAUGAAGGUUCAGCCUUCAUGUUCUACUGUGUCUUGGGCUUCAUGGGCUUUCUGGCUACUGUCAGCUUCACAGUGGCUUUCCUAGCCAGGAAGCUACCUGACAGUUUUAAUGAAGCCAAAUUUAUCACCUUCAGCAUGUUAGUCUUUUGCAGUGUUUGGAUCUCCUUUGUUCCAACCUACUUGAGCAUCAGAGGGAAACACAUGGUGGCUGUGGAGAUUUUCUCCAUCUUGGCCUCUAGUAUGGGGUUACUGGGCUGUAUAUUUUUCCCAAAAUGUUACAUUAUUAUAGUGAGGCCUGAGUUGAACAAUAAGGGACAGCUAAUGAAAAGAAACCAUUGA